AUGUAGUAGAAAAAAAGUCCCAAGUUUUUAGUUAAGUUGUUUGAAUUAUUGGAUGUAAUGACUAAGAAUUAUUUCUAUAGUCAGAGUAAUAUCGCUAUUUACGUUGGAGUGAAGAUGGGAAGUCAUUUUAAGUUUGUGACUUAAAAAAACUAGAGAGAUAAGUGUUGAAGGUUUUCUAUAAACAAAAAUCCUUUGCUAGUUUUAUUAGGUUAGAUUUGAAUUUAUUUUAUGAUUAGACAAUUGAAUUUAUAUGGAUUCAAGAGAUCAAAGAUUCGUAGAAAUGUUAAUGUCUUUUCUCAUCGCCAUUUUAUUAAAGGUGACAAGUAAAUCUAUAGAUGAAGUUUAGAGAUUAACUUAUAAACAUUAUCAGUCAUAAUAAAUUGAGAGUUAUGGAAGAAUUGACGAAUUAAGAUAAUAAUUUAAAGCCAUAGAUUUAUGAGGCCGAACAUCAGUAAUUGACUGAAACCUUGAAGGAUCUCUAGAAUUAAUAAAAAUAAAUAUAAAUCAAAUUUAAUGAGCAAAUACAUUUACAAACAUAACUUAAACUUAGAAUUCUUUAAAUUAUGAAUGUAAAUUAUUGAUUUAUCCUUUUUAGCAAAUUAAUAAUCAUGAUAUUUCAAUUAAUGUUAAGGCAUAAAAUUCUUAUUAAUUACUUUGCAAAGUAAUGUAAAUUAUACCAAACAAUGAAUAACAUAAAGAAGAAAUAGAAGUGAUAAAGUAUAUUUGCAAAGUCUUUAAUGAAUUUCAUAAAGAUUCAGUAUCAUCAUUAUUUGAGAGUCCAAAUGAAAGAUUAACCCCAUUGCCAUUUUAUUUACAAGAUUCUGCUGUUCCUAAUUAAUUAGAUAUAAAAGUCUAAUAAAAUAAACUUUCGGAUUAGUUUUAAAUUCAUGCAACAAAAAUAUUUCAGCCUUCUUAAAUGAAGUAAUAAUAAUUUUUGCUUUGA